CCCGGCCGUCAAGCCUUUCCAGUUUGGGGCGGGUCCGGAGAAUGGCUUCGGAGAUGGAGUCGUCUCUGGAGGCGAGCUUCUCGUCCAGCGGUGCAGUGUCAGGGGGUUCAGUGUUCCUGCCUCCGGCUCGCUCCCGUAUCUUCAAGAUAAUCGUGAUCGGUGACUCCAAUGUGGGCAAGACGUGCCUGACCUACCGCUUCUGCGCCGGCCGUUUCCCCGACCGCACCGAGGCUACCAUCGGGGUGGAUUUCCGAGAACGUGCGGUGGAGAUAGAUGGGGAGCGCAUCAAGAUCCAGUUAUGGGACACAGCAGGACAAGAACGAUUUAGGAAGAGCAUGGUACAGCACUAUUACAGAAAUGUCCAUGCUGUUGUCUUCGUGUAUGAUAUGACCAACAUGGCUAGUUUUCAUAGUCUGCCAUCUUGGAUAGAAGAAUGCAAACAACAUUUGCUAGCCAGUGACAUACCACGGAUUCUUGUUGGAAAUAAAUGUGACUUGAGAAGUGCCAUUCAAGUACCUACAGACUUGGCACAAAAAUUUGCUGACACACACAGUAUGCCUUUGUUUGAAACCUCUGCAAAAAACCCCAAUGAUAAUGACCAUGUGGAAGCUAUAUUUAUGACCUUGGCUCAUAAACUUAAGAGCCACAAACCAUUAAUGCUUAGUCAACCCCCUGAUAACGGAAUUAUACUGAAGCCUGAACCAAAGCCUGCAAUGACAUGCUGGUGCUAAGUAACAGUCUUUAUUCUGCUAUCUAAUUUUGACUAAAGAAAUGCUUUUGAAGUAUGACAGUGAUAAGUCAUAAGAUUUAAUCUCAAAUAUAAUGGAUCAUCCUGACAUUUUACUAUUUAUCAUUGUCAUGCUAAUUUUUGUAUUUUGUAUCUACUUAAUUACAUUUGUCAUUGUGACAACACAGGACAAAAGUUGGUUUUCAUGUGAGGUUGAAAAUGAAGUAAAGGUAGGAUGAAUCAGAAUAUCUUCCCAUUGAGAGCCCAGUGAAGGAGGCUUCAAAUGAGAGCACGUUGGUAUUUUAGGAGUAGAUGACUAUACAAUCCUGUGUUCCUGGGAUUGAAGAAAAAAAAAAAAUCAAGGGUUUAAGACAUACUUACUAGGUAUGUCCUUUGAAUGGGAAGUGUUCUUACUAGGACAAAACUGGUAUUGCCUCUCCCUAGAGUUCUUUCUUUGUAUUAUUGAUGUAUUUUAUUGCAUUACUAUUGGUACAUUUGAGAACCAAGACUGUAUUUAAUUCCAGUGUGGGGAGAAGGCAUAGAAUAUUUUUUGGUUCUCAGUGCAUAAAGAACGACUUCCAGAGAUUCCAGAUGCAUGAGAUUUCGAAUCAGUAUAUCAAUCAGAUCUACAGAAGUCAUUGUUAUUUUUAGGAAAAUAAUUUGAAUUGUUUUCUUACUAAAUUCUACUAAAAUAUGCAAAUGUAAGUCUGACUUUAAUGUCAAUGAAGUGACAUAAUAAGGUGCUUUAUAAUUUAUUUUGGUAUAUUUAGUGAAAAACCAAUUGAAAGCAUUGGAGGAGUUAUAACUUGGGGGAAAACAGGUAAAAUGUGGUUCCUGGCUACUAAGACCUGUUCUUAGCUCUUAGUAAUUCCAAGCUGUGUAUCUGGCAUAGUAUCUCUUGCUCUCCCCCAUCAUCAGUCAAUUUAAUGACUAAAGGUUGAAUUAACAAAUCAACUUCCAUGUGGAAUUGUGGCUCUGAAGGCAUACCUCUAAUUCCUCGGAGCCUGCAUAUAGUUCUGUAAUAAUAUUGUGUUGCAGUGUAUCAGUCUUUAAAAAUCUUUAAAUUUUAUGGUCACAACGAGCUGUUCCUCCUCAGUAUGAAAAAUAAAGUAGGUAUUGACAAAUACCUUGUCUCUCUCCCUCAGUGGUGUAAAGAGUAGUUCAAGAAGUUUCUUACCCUAAAUAUGUUUAUUUUGAGCUUAAGACUUUGCACAUAGAAAAUAGUAACUUUUCAUACAAAGCUAUUACAUGAAUGGAAUGUAAGCCAUGAACUUUAACUGAAGUGUGCACAUUCACUAAUUCUGAUGGAUUGAUGUCCUUGAUAAUUUUGGAAGUAAUUAAGCCAAAAGAUGAUUAUACUUAUAAUAUUUUCAGAAUGUGGGAAAUCAGAUAGGUAAUCUAAUCUAGUUUAGGAUUUCUGUUUAAUCAUCAUGAUGAUCCUAAUUGGAGAAUUUAAUUAUAAAAACAAGAUAAUGCUAUUAAAAGAACUGAAAA